AUGAUCUCGAACAGUGGUGUCGAGUAUGUCCUGGAAGCUCCGAUAUCGACGUCGGUGCGAAAAGAGGACGACAGGAUGACAUAUGUGAAUAAGGGUCAAUUUUAUACCGUCUCAUUGGACUACAUUCCGGAUCUGUGUAAGCCGUUGAAAAGCCCUACCGUCAAAAGCCAGCUGAUGAUCGUCUUCCGAGAAGAUAAAACUUACGAGGAAGAAAUCAAAACCUGGCAAUUCUGGCACUCCAGGCAGCAUUCUGUCAAACAGCGAAUAUUAGAAAUCGAUGCUAAGAAUAGUUCCGGAAUGAUUGGUCAAAUUGAAGAAAUCGCUCACAACGCUGUGCAGUUUUACUGGAAUCCAACCGAACAGUCAAGCGUCAAAAUCAGCAUCGCGGUGCAGUGCUUGUCAACUGAUUUUAGUAAUCAGAAAGGCGUCAAAGGCCUUCCACUGCAUAUCCAGAUAGACACCUACGAUGAAAACGACAAUGCUGAUGUGCCUUUCCAUCGGGGAUACUGCCAGAUCAAGGUCUUCUGCGAUAAGGGAGCGGAACGAAAAUUACGGGACGAAGACAAAAGAGCCCAAAAGCGUAAAUUAGCAGGUAAUUGCAAAAAUUGCAGCUAA